ACCGAGGCCUUCAGUCCAGGCUUCGCCAUCACCAGGGCAACACGGGGGCGAGCGAGGCCGAGCCGGGGCGAGAGCUUCUAGAACAGUUUAAAGUGUAACCCGGACGGAUUAAUCAUCAAGGCGAUAAGCAGCGGCCUCUACUGCCUCCUCGACAUGCGCACGGUGCUCAUGGUGGCGGAGAAACCGUCUCUGUCUCAGUCAAUAGCGAAGAUCUUGUCGCGAGGCAGCAUGACGUCUCGCAAGGGGUUCAACGGUGCGUGCUCGGUGCACGAGUACAUGGGCUCGUUCCAGGGGCAGAGCGCGCGCUUCAAGAUGACGUCCGUGUGCGGCCACGUCAUGACCCUCGACUUUAUCGGCAAAUACAACAACUGGGACCAGGUUGAUCCUGCAGAGCUGUUCAGCAAGGCUCCUACAGAGAAGAAGGAAGCAAACCCCAAGUUGAGCAUGGCAAAGUUCUUGCAGAUCGAGGGCAAAGGAUGCGACUACGUGGUGCUGUGGCUGGACUGUGACCGAGAGGGAGAGAACAUUUGUUUUGAGGUCCUGGACGCCAUCGCGCCGUAUCCAGUGAAGCACGGCUCCGAGCAGGUCGUGUUCCGAGCCAAGUUCAGCGCCAUCACCGACACGGACAUCCACAACGCCAUGAACAAGCUGGCUGAGCCUAACCGCUUUGAGGCGCUGGCUGUGGAUGCUCGUCAGGAAGUGGACCUCCGCGUCGGAUGCGCCUUCACCAGGUUCCAGACCAAGUACUUCCAGGGGAAGUAUGGCGACCUGGAUGCGUCGCUCGUCUCGUUUGGGCCGUGCCAGACGCCGACGCUGGGCUUCUGCGUGGAGCGACAUGACCGCAUCCAAUCGUUCAAACCUGAGACAUAUUGGGUGCUACAGGCCAAGGUGAGCACGGCGGCGGGCCAGGCUCUGACUCUGGAGUGGGAGAGGGGCCGCAUGUUCGACCGGGAGGUGGCGCAGACUUUCCUCGCCAUGGUGCGGGGAGCCACGGUGGCCAAGGUGCUGUCCGUGACUCAGAAGGAGAAGGCGAAACAGCGUCCGUUGGCUCUCAACACGGUGGAGAUGCUGCGCAUAGCCAGCUCCUCUCUCGGCAUGGGGCCUCAGCACAGCAUGCAGGUGGCGGAACGGCUCUACAUCCAGGGCUACAUCAGCUACCCGCGCACAGAGACCACCAGCUACCCUGACAACUUCGACCUCAAGGACGCGCUGCGCCAGCAGGCAUCGAGCCCCUUCUGGGGGGACUUGGUGAGGGCCUUGCUGGCCCAGGGCCUGAACAAACCUCGCAAAGGCAGCGACGCUGGCGACCACCCGCCCAUCACGCCCAUGAGGGCGGCCACGGAGAGCGAGCUGGGUGGCGACGCGUGGCGUCUGUACGAUUACAUCGUACGGCACUUCAUCGCCACGGUGAGCGAAGACUGCCGCUACCUGCUCACCACCAUCACGCUGUCGCUCGCGUGCGAGACCUUCCACUGCGUGGGCAAGACGCUCGUGUCGGCCGGCUACACAGAGGUGAUGCCCUGGCAGGCCAUCCCGCUUGAGGAGAGCCUGCCGGCGGUUGUGGCCGGAGAUGAGUUGCCGGUGGACAGCGUGGCGCUGCUGGAGAGGCAGACGGGCCCGCCGGACUACCUCACCGAGGCCGAGCUCAUCACACUCAUGGAGAAGCACGGCAUUGGCACGGACGCUAGCAUCCCCGUGCACAUCAACAACGUGUGCCAGCGCAACUACGUGACGGUGGAGAGCGGUCGCCGCCUCAAGCCCACCAACCUGGGCAUUGUGCUGGUGCACGGCUACCACAAGAUUGACCCGGAGCUGGUGCUGCCUACGAUGCGGGCCUCGGUGGAGAAGCAGCUGAACCUGAUCGCCAUGGGCAAGGCCGACUUCCAGGCUGUGCUGCAGCACGCGCUCAGCAUCUUCCAGCGCAAGUUCCACUACUUUGUCGACCACAUUGCCGGCAUGGAUGAGCUGAUGGAGGUCUCCUUCUCUCCGCUGGCCGCCACUGGGAGACCUCACUCGCGCUGCGGGAAAUGCCGUCGCUUUAUGAAGUACAUCCAGGCGAAACCGAGCCGCCUGCACUGCUCGCACUGCGACGAUACGUACAGCCUGCCCCACGGCGGCGCCCUGAAACUCUACAAGGAGCUGCGCUGCCCGCUGGAUGAGUUCGAGCUGGUGCUGUGGACGUCCGGGCCUCGCGGCAAGAGCUACCCACUGUGCCCCUACUGCUACAGCCGCCCACCCUUCCCCGACAUGAAGAAAGGCAUGGGCUGUAACGAGUGCACGCACCCGACGUGCGCCCACUCGUUGCUGGCGCUGGGCGUGGGCCAGUGCGUCGAGUGCGAGGGGGGGGUGCUCGUCUUCGACCCACUCUCGGCCCCGCGCUGGCGCAUGGUUUGCAACCGCUGCAGCGUGCUCGUGCACUUCUUCGCCGGCGCCCUGCGCGUCAAGGUGGUGGCGGCGGCGUCGUCGUCGGGGACGCAGGCUCGGCUGGACCCGCCGGACGUGGAGGAUUGCGCCCGCGCGGCGUGGGCCUGCGAGUCGUGCGAAGCGGCGCUCGUCGAAGUCGAGUACCCGGCAGCGCCAGCCGGUGCCGGCAACAACAACAACAACCAACAACAGCAGCCGGCGGCCCCCGCCGCCGGGGCAAAGGUUGUGAGGUCGCCGCUGCCCGACGGAGCGACACGGCACGUGGGCUGCGUGUUCUGCGACCCCGUCUUCGAGCCGCUUGUGCAGUUGAAGCACGCGCGGGCGCAGAGGGCCCGGCGUGGUGGGGGCCGGGGGGGACCGGCUGGUGCUGGCCCAGUGGGGGGCAGAGGGGGAAGGGGUGGGGGCGGAGGGGGGUUCCGUGGGGGCAGGAAGCCCAGGGAUAAGAUGGCGGCGUUGGACGCGUAUUUCGUUUGAGGUGGCGGUCGUUUCCGAGUGUGUGUGUGUGGUGCCCGUUGCCUGCGUGUGUGUGCGUGCUUGGAUAAAAUGCAGGAAGUUGGCACAGCGGAGGGCACAGGUGGUGCAUCUGCCAGUCAUCUCAGUCAGUCCACCCAUGUCACCCGGGUCUGUCUCGUGAUGUCUGCCAGUGAGCCUUUGACACUUAACGAUGCCUUAAUUUGCAAGAGUGAACCUGGGUCAUCAAAAGUACCAAAGCAUAGCAAAUCAAAAUCAGAACUAAAACUAAAAGAACUGCGUCUAUCGCGCGUCGAGGAAUAAAAAAUAUUGCAAAACAUGAUUUCCCAACAGCGCAAAUCUGCUCGGGAAGAUUUACCUCCACACUGAACACAGAUAGCACAAUAUUACAAAACUUAAGCCGCGGGAAACAUUAAUCAGGAGAUAUAUGGUGACUAUAAUACCAUACUAAUAUGUGAACAAACACGGACGUGUGACGUCAAAUGGAAUUGCAACUCAAUUCAUCGUAGAUAAAUUAAAUCGCAGCUUAGCAUCAAAUUGUGAUCGAGGUGUUAGGGUAACCAAUGGGUGCGUUCGAAGCGAUGGGAUUCCAGGCAGUUUUUUGGUGCAUUGGCAGAGAGAGAGAGAAUACGAGUGAGACCCGUGGGAGUGAAUUGGUGAACGCGGAAAAACGGAGCGUGUUGGUGGUGGGGGGGUGAGGAGUGGAUUUUGGGAAACUCAGUAACGGCAAACGUUUCUUGAAAUCCCGCUUAUUCACAGCACAUAAACAGGGGGGGGGGGGGGGUACCUCUCUGGCCUCCUCUCUAUGUGCUAUGAAGGAGGACCACUGCCCGAAACGUCGCCUUAUUGUAUGCUCGUUCACAUUAAGGCCACACACAGUGUUGUUGACAAUGUGUUGACAAAUGUGCUUUUUUGUGUGUGUGAUGUUUAACUGCGCUUAUGCACCACUGCCAACGCAGCAGCAGCAGCAGCGUAAUGUGUUUAAUUCCGAAUGAUCAUUCGUGUCGUUAUAGAGAAUAUAAGUAACAAAAUAAACAAGCAGAGAAUUCGCCUGCGGCACUAUCUACAUAAUGGGAUGUGGAAUAAAAGAAACACUUUGAUAUGUGGAGGGACAGUUAUGUAAAGCAGGCGAAAUAUCUGCAUGUUUAUUUAGUUCCUGAUUUACACGUUGGGGGGUGGGAGCACUAAGGGAAUGUUGAACUCAAAUUGUUUUAUGCAACUGAGCCCUUGGCCUUAUCACGAGCUUCGUCGUGUUUUGCCGACUGCAGCUUGUUCUUAGAUUUUUUCGGUAAAGUCACGUAGGUAAAAAAAUCAAAAUUAAUAAAAGUAAAUUAAAAAUAAAAUAAAAAUCACGACGUUUCGGAGGCAACACAAGCUUCCGUCUUCAGGUGGAACCGUCACAGCACGCUUGCUGUAUCAAGUAAAUGAGAGAUUCCAAGGGAUACUUGAUUACAGCAAUCGUGCUGUGACGGUUCCACCUGAAGACGGAAGCUUGUGUUGCCUCCGAAACGUCGUGAUUUUUUUUAUUUUACUUUUAUUAAUUUUGAUUUUUUUACCUACCGAUAAAACCUAAGAAUAUGAAUACUUGCAGUCACGAAAGCUUCAAAAUCUAGACUGCAGCUUGGUUGCGUUUGUUGUUUUUGUUGCCGAGUGUGGAUGCGCGGGUGGUGCAGAGCAAGAGUGUAGUUGCGAAGGUGGCGUCGAGACCACUUUGUUCACCGGAGGAAGAAACGCGAUCACGUUCGGCGCACGAGAGCCGCCCCCCCCUCUCCCCACCACCCGCGAAGGUGCCCGAUCUCGCCCGCUUCUUCUCGAAAGUCUCAGCAGGUUUUUUGUUUUUUUUGCCUGGCGAGUUGUCACUCGGAUGCGUGACCAACCAACAACCACUUAGGUGGGAGCUUGCCAUGUCCGGAAUAGAGGUUUUUUUGUUUUGGGUCAGAUCGCGUAAAUAUUAAAGUGUCGUUUAAGCCGCCGCCACCCGACACAGCCAAUUAGUAAGCUUGGUCACGUGAACAGAACGUGCCAAUUCGUUACUAGUACAGUGCACCGGUGUAUUAGAGAGGAAACCCACAACAUUUACAAUUGGAGUCCGACGUUUCGCCAGUUAUUACUGCUAGCAUCAUCAGGCGGACAGCCAGGUUUGUGGAGAAAUCCUCCUGCUAUCGUUCUAAAUAGAGAUAUAUAAAUGUGAUGUCACCACCUGUGAGGCAAUUGGGUGCAAAGGCCAGAGGGGGUUGGGGGGGGGUAAUGUAUGCAUAUAAAUUACAAUGUAUGCAUAUGAAUUACAAUGUAUGCAUAUGAAUUACAAUGUAUAUCCAUUACACAUGGCGAGCCACAGGGCUUUGCAGGCAUGGGCCUUCUCUUGUGAGUUGUGGCCAGGAGAUGGCAUCGCUGAGUGUUGUGGGGGGAGCUGUUGCUUUGUGGCGGUGAGCACGACACGCUAGGAACCCCCGGCUACCCAGGUUCGGAUUCCAGCUCACGGUCAACACGCACCAUUGACGAUUAUCUAAAGCGGUUCUGGGCAUCCCCUAGGUCGACUCGGCCUGAAAUGAGUACCCGGUCGGGUGUGUAAACAUGUUGUUUUCUCCUUCCCGACACGAAGACAAACUCUCGCGAGUAAAUGGAACUGGAGCCAAACAUCAUCCCGAUGUAGCCGGGACUCCUUGCUGAGCAAGAGAUGUGAAGUUCGGUGGGGACCUUUCGUGGCGCCAGUGAUCGGUGUUACAAUGGAAGCGGCGUUACACGAGUGUGUGUCGAUGCCGUCUCGGUGUGUUUGUAGUUAUCACGGCGGUUUUGCAUUUUACUGCCACCAGAACUUUUAUACAGCAACGUGGUGUGUGGGGGUGCGAGCUGGGAUGUGGGUGGAAGUGAACGAAUAUUACGACAUCAAGUCGAGAAAUACACCUUUGCAAAUGGCUUUACACAUUUAAUAUUG